AUGGUUGAUCAAACACUCGCCGGCAAGGUAGCCAUCGUCACCGGUUCAUCCUCAGGCAUCGGCGCAGCAAUUGUUCGAGAACUAUCCUCUCGAGGCGCCAAUGUCGUGGUCAACUAUCCCUUCGCCGGACUAAAAGCCGAAGCAGACAACGUUGUUGCCUCUCUCACAACAGAAUCUAUUGCCGUGGAGGCUGACAUGUCAAAAAUUGAAUCACCUCAGAAACUAGUCGACGCAGCAAUUGCGAAAUGGAAUCGAAUUGAUAUUUUGAUCAAUUGCGUUGCGCUGGCUGUCAAUAAGCCACUGGAGGAGCAGACCCUGGAAGACUGGGAUCUUUUGGUGAAUAUUAAUGGCCGGGGGACUUUCCUUUUGACCAAGGCUGUUUUACCCCAUCUCACCAAGGGGAGUGGCCGUAUCGUGAACAUUGCGAGUAUCUCGGCUCGUGGGCCACCUCCUAACCAGACAAUCUAUGCCGGAACGAAGGGGAUGGUUGAUUCUUUUACUAAGUGCUGGGCCAAGGAACUGCCUCCAAAGUAUGGAUGCACCGUCAACUCCGUUAGCCCUGGUCCAACAAUGACCGAAGGCUUCGCUGCCGCUGGCGAGGAACAGAUGAAGAUCCUCCAACCGAUUAUUGACCAGACGCCCGUUGGCCCGCGAAUGGGUCGACCCGACGAGAUUGCAUUUGCUGUUGCAUUCCUUUGCGAAGAGCGAGCGCGGUGGAUCAAUGGGGAGCAUUUGAUUGCUUCAGGUGGAUUGUUUAUUGAUUAG